AUAUUAGAAUUCUGUGUUGUGUUGCUUACACUUUUGUAUUUAAAAUCUCCGCUUUCUCCCUCCAACGUCCGAAUGUAUAUUUAUUUUUUAAGUGCAAAAAUUUUUUAAAAUUUUAAACAGAUCUAUCUUAUAAUUAAUAUAUAUUUUAUAAUUGAUACGGAGCCAAGAUUUUUGAAUUGUUCAUAUAUCGAAUUUCUCCUCGAAUCCUGACAAUGGUAUCAAUACUCCCGCGCGCAUAUAUACAUAGAAUUUUCAUCUACGUGAGGUGCCCGCGAGGGUGGGCGCGCGCCGACAGAUCAGUGGGUGGAGGAGGAGGCAGGAGGCUGACGCCCCACAGUAACCCGGUAGAUCGCGCAACUUUGCGCAUCUCGUGAUAAGAGGUGAGGAGGUGAGAUUGGCAUUGGUCGCGCGACCUCGGUCGCAAGGUCGUACCGAGAUACAUCGAAGUGUUAAUCGUGUUAUCCCUGGUUAUCCCUCGACCAUUCAUUUGUGCCAUCGUUGCCGUAGAAAUUGUCGAACCGCGUGUCGCGUUCCUCGCGAAUCUUUCGACGAUGUCCAGUCAAUCGAGAUGCGUCGGACGCCUCCGCAAGACUCGCGCUUUUGCGCGGUAUUCGGUUCGUGGGUGAACUCGACACCGAGUACAUUGUCUCCAGUUUCCUGCGCGAGGGGAUAUCAACGUUGUCGUCGUCGUCGUCAUUAUGUCGAUGCGGAAAGAAAUUAUCCCGCGGGGGGUAGCCGGUUGAACGGCGAGGGGGGGACAUAGAAGCGACUCGCGCGCGGACAUUCACUUGGAAGUGUCGCGAUUAACGCCCCGCUCGAGCCGUGGAUAAGGUCUUUCUUCUUUAUUGGUUGCAAGAUUCAACAAAAAUGAAGGUGAUCGUGUCAAGCAUUUCUCUUCUUCUGUGUCUCUUCUGCAUCAAUCUGCCGAGUGUCACUAUGAACUUUGAUCCGGUUUGCGGUGGUCACUUAGCAGGUUCUAGAGGCAUCAUACACACGCCAAAUUUUCCUGGACCAUUUCCGAUUCCGAUCAAAUGUCGCUGGGUGAUCGACGUGUCCGACAUCCCGUCGACCAAUAGCUCCAUCGUCGUGUAUCUGACACAACUGUACGUCUACAAGGGGCUCCGCUUCACCGAAUACGCGUACUACGAGUCCGAGACUAUGAACUUCGGGGCGACCCUGGUUAAGGAGGUGACUGAGGGUAAUGUCUUUGAAUACAGACACCUGAGAACAUUCAGACCGUUCCUGGUGGUCGAAUUCGAGCUUGAUAGGCUCGAGGGCAAUCACGUCAGAGUGUUGAACGACCUGCUCGAUAUAUACGGCUUCAACGUUACGUACGAGAUGACUGAGGAACAUCCGAAUUCUGAUUCUUGCAGUGUACGCGACUGCUCCUUUGCUGGCAACUGCCUGGUCUCUACAGAUUACACGUCUUUCUGGUGCGAUUGUUUUAAUGGUUUCAGUGGAAGAAGCUGUAACGAAGGUCCUUUGUGUUAUGAUGAUGAACAUAUUGCAGUUUGUCAAAACGGAGCUACAUGCAGACAAAUUGGGGCAGAAGCAAUGCACUGCGAUUGUCCGGAUGGUUAUGUCGGACACAACUGCGAAACUCGUCUUUUAGACACUUCAGAUACCGAAUGCGCUUCAGAAAAUUGCAUACUGCAAUGUCCCGUCGACGAACAGGAGCUGCCGUGCACUUGUAAAGAUGGUACUAAGAUAUACAACAAUCGAUCGAGGUACGAAUGCAGAAUCAAGUUAUCGAAUGUUACGUCUCUCCGCACGGGACUGGUAUCGCAAUAUGGAAGUUUGGAAUUAUUUGUCAGCAAGCAGCUUGCGAAAUACUUGAGGAACUCCAAUAUCACUUCCAUGGAGGAAUUAAAAAUCCUGAACGUGACACCAACGGCCGAAGUUAUUUUUCAUUUUUUCGGGAAUUCCGAUGAUGGAGAUAAAAUUCGCGAAUCUCUCAAUCGACUUGUACAACGUCGACGUCUCAGUGAAAUUGCGUUGGAAUCCACACACUUCACCUUUCAACAAAAACCUGCACUCAAGUUACAGAGUUUGCGUAUCAAUCAAGUGAACGAUUACGACGUUCACUUAGGAGAACAAAUUGUCCUGUCAUGUACUGCUCAAGGAAGCUACAGCAUAAAUUUCACUUGGUACAAAGAUGGCAUGUUUGUGAACACGAGUAAAGCGAUCAGAGAAAUUUGGAUUAGUCAUUUGCCGAACGACGGCUCGGAUGUAUACACAUCGGUACUGACGAUCGAAAAGGCGACUAUGCUCGACGUCGGUCAGUACACGUGUCAGGUAGUUGACUGGGGUGUACAGCAAUGCAAAAGCAUCUACAUCGAGGUCAGAGAUGAACCGGACGUGAAGGUGGUGCCGAUGAGCGCCACUAUAGAAAAGGGAAACAAUAUACAGCUGACAUGUAUGACUCCCAAUAUGCGUAACAUCGGGAUAGGGUUCGGUUGGACGAAGAAUCGCGCUUUGCUCAAAUUAGAACCCGGUCAAGCAGUUUGGGAGGAUCUGUAUCCAUCGGGUAGCAUUUUGAAGAUCACUAAUACUCAGAAAUCAGCGAUUUAUACUUGCAACGUAGCGCAUAAAUCUAUGUCCGUGCGAGUUGAAGUCAUGAAUCGGACGUUGAUACCGAUAUGCUUCAAAGAGAUGUCCUGGGGUUUGCAAUGGCCAGACACUGCACCAGGAUCGGAGGCGCUGCUAGAAUGCCCUCGGUAUUUCGUAGGUCGACGAGUGUCUAGACUCUGCUCGAUGAAAGACGCUACCACACCUGAAUGGCAAAUACCGGAUUUCUCAAUCUGUCUAUACGAGCCGUUGCUUUUACCGUAUAAUAAUUUUCGAAGUCUAACAUUGGGUUACCAAAAAACCACAAGUUCGGACACAAUCCUCGCCUUUUGGGAGAUCUUACACAAACGUGCAUUGCCGCUCUAUCCCGGCGAGGGUGAUCGUAUAAUAAGCAUGUUGGCAGAAAUUGAAAGAUAUCAGUACAGUGUUGAUCUACAAGAUGCAUACAUUUCCGUGGAAAUUUUGAUUCACAUAAUAAAUCGCAUAUUGACUGAUGAACACUCGAUUUUAAGUCAAGAGAAAUUAUUGGUGUUGCUUCAGCUUACGCAACGCAAUUUAAUCCACUGGUCUAAACAGCUGAACGAUGGAUAUAAACAUCUGUCUCUAUCGUCUGUGGUUGUAGAUAUUCAACAAUUGCAACCUCAGAGUGGAGAUAGCAUAACGCAUUCUCUUCAAAUACCCUCGUCCGAUUACACAUAUCCUGAUUGGUACGAGGACAAAAUAGCUAUACGAUUAUGGAAGAAAAAGCAGCGCAAUAUAAAAUCUAAUAACACGUUUACCGGAAUCGUUAUCGUGUAUAAAAAUAUGUCGCGCUUUAUACCAACAGCAUAUGUUAAGGAGCUCGAUGAUGGCACGGAUCUAGAAUUUCGUAUCAAUUCUCGCAUGAUCACCGUCGAAGUGCCCUCCUUUGGCACUGAUAAAUAUAACAAGAUAUGGAUUGAUUUGCAAAUCCGACAUUUACAAAAUCAGACGAGUUCUUGGAAUACAUCGUGCGGAUUGAUAGAUACCACUGGAUCAUGGGAUCUCGAUACUUGCAUAACAAAUACAGUAUCCGGUGAUGCGAUAACGCAUUGUUUGUGUCCUACUACGGGAACAAUUGCUGUUUUCUUAACGACCCGCGCGAUAAAAGUAGUAUUGGCGAAAACAGAGCAGACCACGUUCAUUAUAAUAUUCGGAUGCAGCAGUUGCCUUGUUCAAUGCUUGUUGUCUGCCCUGAUAUUAGGCGCUUUUUGGUGGAAGCACAAAAGCUGGCUAAAUUUUUUAAAACUCCAGUGCUGCGGUGCACUGGUAGGCGCGAUGGCCAUCUUCAUUUACGCCGUGCACACUAAUCUUCCAGAGUCAUCUUACUCGCUCGUGGUGAUAAGCUUAGAAGCGUUCCUUCUCGUGGGUAUGUCCGCGCCUAUUUCCGAGGCUCUAAUAGUAUAUGCCGAGUUCACACAAAUUCGACCGAGCCAACAUCUCCAGCCGACAGUGAUCGCCGUAAUAACUGGUGUGCCGAUUUUGGCUGUAUUCGCAACCGAGCUAACGCAUCAGAGCAUUGGAUUGCGACACGAAUCCUGGUGGCUCAUAUAUGGCAGUAGCGUUUAUAACAUCUUUGUCAGCUGGGCCACGACAAUGUUUUUAGUAUUCAUGCUGCUGUACAUGGGUGUACUUCAUAAAGUUCACACAUUAGUGGAGGAGAACGUGAUGAAGAGAGAAGCUAUAGAAACAAGAAUACGAAUACUGCAUCGCGCGGCUAUCAUCAUAUGCGAUAUCGCCGCCAUGGAAGCAUCUUCCAUUUUCUACAUAAAUUCAUCAUCCGUAAUUUUCCACUAUGUAUUUGCGUCCUUAUCUUUCACUUUGGGCUUCAGUAUAAUAAUGGUAUACAUCGUUAACGGCGAGAGUGCAAUUAUCAGACCUAUGUUGCGGAGAAUUAGGUGGAAACGCAACGUAGACGAGGAGCAUACGUCCGAGCCUAUUAAAGUAUGCUCGAAAGCUGACGCUGAGGUAGAAAACGAUUCGGGGAUUCCCUCAGCGCCGUCUUUGAUCAUCGGCGAGCCGUACCGAGAGGUACGAGGCGUCGCUGCGGGUAGCAUAGAUAUGCGCGAAUUCGUGUCAGAGUCUUCGUCCGCCUACGUCAAGUCCUCCGUCCCCGCGACCAGCAACAGAUUCCUGCCAGAGAUUCGAAUAGAUCAUUCGGACAAUAUUGAUCUCGAAAACUACAACACGAGUCCACGGAAGUACCAGGAACCCCCGGUCUUCGUCGACCCGGCGUUCCCUACGCGUGGCUCUCGCAUCAAUGAAAUGGCAGGCUACGGCAUUAAUGAGCGCACAAGUGGCUUCCGCGGCGAUGGCGUCACGAGCAAAUAUCGUGGCGACGGUAAAACUGCAUUCCUACCGGUGGCGAGCGUGUCUUCCGAGUCCUCGGCCAAGGUCCUCUGCAGUGCUGAUGUCGAAUCGCGAUUGGGCGCAAUGCCGGAUGUCACGUUAGCCGUGAAGAGCGACGUCGAGCUAUCGUCGCGGACGAGCACGGAGCUGAAGAACCGAGAGCACGUAGUGAGCGCCAUGCCGGACAUCGCCAACACAAGCGAGCGCAAGCAACCCGACGGUGAGGAAAAGACCCCAGAGAUUGUGGUAACGACUGGUAACUGCGACAGUGCGACUAGCGGUAUGCUGGACCGCAUCUCUCACGAUCUAGACUACCUACUUAAUCGCACGCAUGCAAAAGAGGGAGGUUAAAAUCUGUCAGAAUUGUGAGAAAAUAAUAUAUAUCCGACAAGUGCGUGUACAAGUGUAGGUUGUUAAAUUUGUACAAAACAAACUUCGCCAUAAAUUUCCACGUAAAUAAAUGACAUUUCGUGUAUUGUAGUUUAUUUAGGAUAAUAUUAAUUUAUAUUGCGUUUUUUUUUUAUGUAACGGGAACUCGAUGUGAUAACAUGAUAUAUCUUAGGAGCUACAACCCAAAAUCAAAGGACAGAUAGAUUAUAUGUAUAUAAUCCUUUCUUACUUCUCAUAUUCUUGCACAUGUGCACCAGAGCGGCAGACCAAUUGUAAUCUGAUCGCUGAAUCGAUAUUCGUUGAAAAAAAAAACUGCGAUAAGUGAUCAUCUCGCACUCCAUCCAUCUCAGAAUUCACUUUAAAUUUCGAAAUCUUCGUGCUCUAUUAUAGGUAUUUAUAUUUAUAUUUAUUGUAUUUCGUGAGGAGACUUAUAAUAAGAAGUCCCUCAUAAUAAAUAUAAAAAACUUGUAAAAUGUACUGUAUAAGAAAAUUUUGAUUCGAUGUACGAUUAUAUAGAUUUUCAGAAAGGUAAGAGUACUCAAUUGAUGGUGUUUUCGAGUUAAAGUAUUUAUUUAUCACUGUCAUCGUACAGCCCUUUCAUAAUAUCCACGAGUCAGUCGCGUUUUUUUUUCGUCGUUUAUAAUUUGUAUUAUAAAGCUAUACAUUCAAUUUAGUUUGAUAAUCUACUUACAUACUUAAGAUCGAAGUUUAUGUUGUUGUAGGUAAUAGGUACCUCUAGUAGGGUUAGUCGUUUACUUAAUGAGAAAUGCUUCACUGAAAUCGAUUCGACCGAGGUAUGAAAUUGGAGCGGUAUCUCUCUUGGCCAAGCACGUGUUAUAAAUGCAAAAGACGUAAUAAGAUCUGUGUUAGUCUGUUAGCACUCGAAUAUACCUAUAUGACUAGUUUUCUGUGUCAACAGAUUUUUUUCUUAAAAAUAUAAAAUAUUUACAAGGAUUUUCAGCUAAUUUUAUCGAGAUUUAAUAAAUCUUGGUUUAAUCACAUCAAUAAUACCCAAGUAAUAGAGUAGGGCCGUGGCUUUAUCCAAUUACUAUCAAAAUUAUACUAUUGAGCCAGUAUUAUAUCGCAAUCUUGCCUACAUAGAACUAAAAAAAAUAAAAUAAAAUGAACAAGCA